UCUAAGCCUCUGCUUAGAAAACUAUCACCGCACUAUCGGAUACGGACGUACGUCUUACGAUGCAGAAGCCAUAGCCAUGCUUUGGGGUCCAUGCCAAGUUUCAAGCUCCUUGAUCUCCUCGAUACUAACCCGGAACGUCCUUUGCUCCUAAUUCUAUUCAUUCUACCAGCGCCUUCAACAAGGCUCAGCAAUGCUCUUAAUGUAAGACAGUUGUGGCCAGUCACUCCUAAACUAUGCUACUCCUUUCGCACAUUUCUCUUUUUGAUUCCUUUGUCUUUUGUCUUCCAAAUCCGUCUGCCUGGCUGCGGAGCAUCGAUCUAACUAGCUACUUUUUUUUUUUUUAAAGGGUUCAUGCAUAGCCACCCCGGAAUCUGUCAUAGCAUCUUUGACGAUCCACCUUAAUCCGAUACCUCGUCAGUAACUUUGGCAAUUCCCAACAUCAUCCGACCCAAUUCA